AUGGACUCAGACGAAGUCGACGAAGAGUUUGUUCGUCUCCUUCGGAUCGCUACGAACGCGCAGCUUCAGCUUAUGCUUGACCCCGGUACAGAGCGUUGCACUCCUGAGGCCGCGUUGUACUUGAGGGUAGACAAGACGUGUCCCAUCUACUGGACUAGGUGGAACAAGAAGUCUAAGGCAGACUUAGACAUUUGCUGCGACAUUCCUCAGCGUGGCACUCGGGUAAAAAUUCUUGACAAGGUCGGUUUUGGUGACGACGGUAGCGGUGGGGUGAAGGUCCGUCAUGUUCGCAACAAGCCGAACGCAGCGAGCACCCACACCGACAAUCCCUUGUACAUUAGCACGAGCUGUGGUCGAAUCGUCGGGUCGGACAUGUUUGAAUCUUCCAGUGUAGUCGGUGAAGCGGACGACGAGGAGGAGGAGGAGGACGAGGAGGAGGAGGACGAGGACGAAGAGGACGAGGGGGUCGAGUAA